UUGUGACCGAAAGUGUUGUUUUCUUUCUGGAAAGCUGGUUUCGAAUUUCGAGCCCAUAGGGCUACAAUCUCUAAGAACUCGUUGUGUCCUGUGUGGCAUGCGCGACUUCGAAGUCGAGGGCGACCGUAACUUCUGAGUACUCGUUAGAGGCACGGAAUUUCAAUUUGGGCGAAAUUGGGUGUAUCGCGGCGCCGUCGUAUGAUGAAUUCUAUCGUCUGUUUUAGACCGGUGUUACGUUAACCCUAAUUCGCACGUCAUUCCGUGGCGUUCGGCAUUGUGACUUAAGACCUUUUGAAGUCCGAGUUUGUUGUCUGAUGCACACUCAGGAACUCCGUUUGGGCUCCUAGCGCGCAGUAUGUGGAGGUUCCUAUGCACAUCUGCAUCGCAGUCGUGUUUAAAGCUUUCGCCCUUUUCCCCAAGCUUGUGAAAAGUCCUGCAGGAGCUGGCUUAGGCGAGAGAGAGACUGACUGCUUCCUCUUCCGAUCCAGUAGUGGUUAAAUCUGGUAGUGUUGGCCUCUGCGACUCCGCAUUUAGAACGCAUACGGGCGAUCUAAUUACGCCACGGAUGUACCGUGAGAGGAUCCAUUGCGAGUAUGAUUCUUGAUUUGUUUUCUGAUACGUCUGGGUGUUUGCUGGCUCUUUUUAAAGGCUUAGUCACACUCGGACCUUGGUGGAACUCUGCGGUGAAGUUAGCAUGUGUGCUGACUCCCUCUUAAGGCUUAUUCAACUUAAGACCUUGAUAAAUUUUGUGGUAAACGGUUGUCCGCAGGUAGUGUGCGAACAAGCAAGAAGCUAGCCUUAUGUCAUAUGUACUCGCAACGCUAAGACUUGAUUGACGAGCUUGGAGUCAGAUGAGUCCAGGUCCGGCCGUAAAUGAGGUAAGAUACGAGUGAGUUAAAGCCAGUUGAGGAGCGGCAAUUGAGUUAGUGAUUAAGUUGAAAGUAGUGUUCGUUUGCGAGCUGGUCAAACUGUACGAGGAUAGAUGACAAUUAACGUCCUCAUUUGCACGAAUUCCACUUUUAUGGUGGGAUUCCCCGUAGUUGCGUUUUGCUCGUCACUUGCGCUGUUGUCUAUAUCUUUGGUCGUUGUCACCGUGACGGGCAGUGGUUAAACCGCUGGUACGCGCCCCCAGCCUUGCAGGAAGUUUUUGUCGCCACACGCAAAACUCUUAGGCGCCGCACGGUCAGGCCCGCUGUUGAGGAAAAAAAUUGGCGGCUCAAAAGUGGUGCGGGUUUCAUGCUGACAUCCGCGGGCCCAUAUGUGGUGUACUGGUGCUUUCAAAUGGGCGGAGUAUUGCCAUGUUAGGUCGAGCUAGUCGUGCACACCAGAAGGUGGAUGUGGAGUAUUGACUUGUUUGGGAAGUCGAGCCAGUCAUGCCCACCGGAAUGUGGCUGUCGUCCGUUUCUUGGAUUUCUGUCAGGCUUGGUUUAGUGAGUUUGAGGCGUAAGGAAAAAUGCGGGAGUUACCCUAACGGAAUGGUGGGUCUCGGUGAACAAUCAUAGGGCGGGAGGACUGGACACGGCGGUAGUUUGCUCUCUGUGGCAUACGGCGGAGGACUCUGCUGCACAAGUCAAUUGCUGGCGGAUGUGUUGUAAGCGAGUGACAGGGAACGAGUGGCGUCCGCACAGUUAUUAGAAUAUAUGGCAGUCACUCAGAGGUUAGAUUAACGAUUGAAGGCAUGGUGCAGUCAAGGAGUAAUCGAAAUGGAAGGUUGGUGAAGUGAAAUGUGUGCCAGUUCCGCAGAUGGUCUACGGGUAGCGGAGAUGGCAAAGUUGUGUCAAGUUGCAAUGCAACGAGUGGUGGAUAUUUCCAAGAAAGUGCUGGUAGGAACAGGUAGGUCCAGACGUCCUUUGCGGCAGCGACAUUGGCAAGUUUUAUUGGAUGGUAAUUUAGUGGUGGAAAUAUCUCAGGAGGUUGACUGCAGGAGAGAGGGGACUUGUCUGGGUGGACGUCUUGGUGAACUGUCGUGAAGGGAGGCGAGUGGGUGUGCACAUAAACUCGUUUUCAUCCGUGCGCGAGCAGUCAAUCGCACUGGGGACGAUUCACUGAUUUAUUGUUGGACUGCCAUGAUCUAGAGUGUCAAUGGACAUAGCGUGCUGUCAUUAUGCGAGCAUGAGGUGUCAAGAUGCAAUGCAACGAGUGGUGGAUAUUUCCAAGGAGGGUUGGUAGGAGUAGGUAGGUCCAGACGUCCUUUGCGGCAGCGACAUUGGCAAAUUUUAUUGGAUCGUAAUUAGUGGUGGAAACAUCUCAGGAGGUUGACUGCAGGAGAGAGGGGACUGUUGUCUGGGUGGACGUCUUCGUGAACUGUCAUGAAGGGAGUCGUGAAGGGAGGCGAGCAGGUGUGCACAUCAACUCGUUUUCAUCCGUGCACAAGCAAACAAUCGCACUCGGGAUGAUUCACUGAGGAACUGUUGGACUGCCAUGAGGUAGAGAGUUAAUGGACAGCGUGCUGUCAUUGUGUGAGCGUGAGGGGUUGCUAACGCGUCGGCCAACAAUGUCAACAUCGCAGUUUUUGCGCGCGUUGAUUGCGUGUGAGAGCUCAUUUGGGCAGUAGGCAACAGUGGGACCCGGCGAUAGACAAUGUAGGGACACGUGUGAGCAAACAGUAUUUUGCCGAAGUGGCCAUGUGGUUUCUGACGUUGAUGACGCACAAUGUAGGGACACGUGUGAGCAAACAGUAUUUUGCCGAAGUGGCCAUGUGUGGUUUCUGACGUUGAUGACGGAUGGCCUGAGUACAACGAUGGGAGUCGGUGGCUCCUUGCAGAGCGAAAAUAUUGUGAUCCGAGGCAGUGCGUCCUUCGAUGACGGAUUGCUGAGUAUGGCAGAAUAUUUCAGUGGGAGUGUGUACGCGUGGGCAAUUUUCAACUUUCUGCUUCGGCGAUGCAAAUUGUGGUCGUGUGUAGCCUUUGGCUUUUGCGGAGUACUCGCGAAAGUUAUGUUGAGGUGCUCUUCAUGGAAUGCGGUGGGGGACGGAUAACACGUUCAUGCCUACAAGCAAAGGGCAGUUCUGUAGCAAUAGGUGCAAAUAGUGGCCGUGCAUAGCCUCUGGCUUUGACGGAUUGCGGAGUACACCUGAAAGAGUUGGUGAGGUGCCCUUUCAGGCGAAGGGAAGUUCUAUAGCGAUAUCGUAGUUGUUAGCGGGAGUCUGCUUAGCUUGCUGCCGAAGGGAAGUUUUAUGCUCGUUGUCAUUCCCAGCAUUGGUGCAGUGGAGACGAGAAUACACUGGGAUUGUUUGAGUGUGUGACUUUUACGAAUGUGUUAGCACUCGCCAGCUCUGGUCAAUCAUAUACGGCAUUAUGAAAGAGUUGGUGAACCGAUGUUCACGGAGUGUGUGUGGGGGGCGAUAACACAUUUUCAUGACAAGUAAGCAAAGUGCAGUUCUGUAUUGGUGCCAUAAUGGUUAAUAUGGCUUGAUUGUCUAUCUCGCACGGAAGGAGCACUUAGCACAUCCGCACGAGCUACUUCUCUCCAAUAUAGCCGCAGUCCACACUAUGGUGGGUGCAUCCAAGCUUACUCGUCUCUCAUUAUCGUGAGUGCUCGUGUUUCCUAAGAUGCCGUAUGAGGUGUCUUACCGUGAUAGACUGCUGAUGUGAGCUUCAUGUCACUGGUAUGGGGCCUAGACAGGAGACUUUAUUACCUGCUCUGAGUCAGUAGGGGGUUAGUAUAGUUUCCAAAACUA